AUGAGCAGUCAGGUGAAGGCCGAGUACGAUUUCGAGGCUCAGCCCAACACCGGCGAGAUGAGCAUCACUGCUGGCGAAAUACUCACUGUUGUACGUCGAAAUGUCGAAGGUGGUUGGAUGGAAGGAACCAACUCACGUGGACAAGUCGGACUAUUCCCCGAAUCUUACGUGGUGCCGUAUUAUGGUGCUCCGCCUUCGUUGCCUCCGAUCUCCCGAAUCCCAGGAGGGACAAAUGUGACACUUUACUCGGAGUAG